AUGGCCAUCUUUCUUACUAAGGCCAUGAAAAGACCUCUGCGCUUGUGGCCUCCCUGCUGCGAGGUGCGGACAUUUCUUACUUGCGGGCUUCUCGCACGGGUGCCACUGCUGCACCAGUAG